AUGGCAACAUCCAAUAGCACGCUCUCCAAGCGCCGCCGCUUCCAGGCCCCUAUCACGAAUUUCUUCCCCUCAGUUCCCCUAGAGUCUCAAUCCGCCGAUGGCCAGUCGGUAUCACAUAACCACUAUUCUGCCUCGACGUGCUCUGCAAUCCCCGUGGUCCCGGCCAAGGUGCAGGCCUCACUUCUCUCGGUCGGAAUGCGGGUCCGAAAAUCUGUUGCCGAUGGAUACAAGACCCAUAUGGCGAUGAAAGCCGAGCAAGUCAAGCCUGCUGUUAUAGCUCAGCCUUACUACGGCAACGUCAGUCACGCUGAACUUGCGCCCUUUUCUGGCAUCUCCAAAUCCUCUCACGACCCACACUCACUUGUCACCGACGACGGUGAUGCCUUCUCUCUUCCUCCCAGCAGCCAGGAAUCUACUACAUCGACCGCGUCGUUCAUCAGUGCGGUUAACGGCCAGAAACGGUCGUUGGAUUUCGAGGAUAAUGUAUAUGCCGACGAUGAUUUUGGCAGUGAGUCCUGGCAAGAUGUUCCUCGAGGACGUACUAUUCUAUCUCCGAGACGCCGUCUGCUCGCUCCGCGUAAUACCAAGCAGACCACGAUGGACUUGGAUGAUUUCGAAGAAGCAUCUUUCCUCCGUCGACGGGAGGAAGUGGAUUUGGACUACGUGGAGAUGGACUGUGCUUGA